UCGGUUUGACGGCUUUGCCUUUAUCCAUGCACGUGUGUUCGCGUGUUGCACGGACCGUUCGAUUUUUGGCGCACAACUAGGUAAUUUCUGGACGUUUAUCCUGAGAACGGUGAUUCGGGGCAAAACGAGGGAUCGAGCAACACACGAACCAUGCCAUCCGACGCGAAGAAGAAGCAGCAGCAGAAAAAGAAAGAGGCUGCUAAGGCCAGGCAGUCAGGAAAGAAACCGCUUCAGGGCAAUCAAACAAAAGGCUCAGAGGAUGGCAAGGAGGGCAGCCCCGGGGCAACUGAGAACGGUAUCAAUGGAACUCCUAUCAGCGUUGAAGAGGCAUUGUGUCUCAAGUUGGAGACAGAUGCUAGACUCAACGCAGAAGCACGCUCAUGUACAGGAUCAUUGGCCUCGCAUCCGCGAAGUCGUGACAUAAAGAUAUCUAACUUUUCUAUUACUUUCCAUGGCUGUGAAUUAAUGCAAGAUACUAUGCUAGAGUUGAAUUGCGGUAGAAGAUACGGUUUACUUGGUCUGAACGGAUCCGGAAAAUCCACUUUACUGGCUGUACUUGGAAACAGAGAAGUUCCUAUUCCCGAUCAGAUCGAUAUCUUUCAUUUGACUAGAGAAAUGCCUGCUAGCAAUAAAUCGGCUUUAGAGUGUGUGAUGGAGGUCGACGAGGAGCGUGUACGGUUAGAGAAAUUGGCUGAAGAGUUGAUGGAGUGCGAAGAGGAGGACGCACAAGAACAGCUCAUGGAUGUGUAUGAAAGAUUAGAGGAUAUGGCCGCCGACACGGCAGAGGCUCGUGCUGCGCACAUUUUACAUGGUCUUGGUUUCACCGCAAAGAUGCAAGGGACACCGACCAAAGAUUUCUCUGGAGGUUGGCGAAUGAGAAUCGCUCUCGCCAGAGCCCUGUACGUGAAACCACAUUUAUUGUUACUCGACGAGCCUACAAAUCAUUUGGAUCUGGAUGCCUGUGUGUGGUUGGAGGAAGAGUUGAAGACGUACAAAAGAAUUCUCGUCAUAAUUUCGCAUUCGCAAGAUUUCCUUAACGGCAUCUGUACAAAUAUUAUCCACGUCAGUAAGAAGCAAUUAAAAUACUACACUGGAAAUUACGAAGCGUUUGUGAAAACAAGGAUGGAGUUAUUAGAGAAUCAAGCCAAACAGUAUAACUGGGAACAGGAUCAAAUUGCGCACAUGAAAAAUUAUAUCGCCCGGUUUGGUCACGGUUCCGCCAAGCUGGCCAGACAAGCUCAAUCUAAGGAGAAGACAUUGGCGAAGAUGGUAGCACAAGGCCUCACCGAAAAAGUUGUCAACGACAAAGUAUUAAAUUUCUACUUCCCAUCUUGCGGAACUAUUCCACCCCCAGUCAUAAUGGUUCAGAAUGUUAGUUUCCGUUACAACGAGGAUUCCCCGUGGAUUUACAAAAAUUUAGAAUUCGGUAUCGACUUGGAUACAAGACUCGCGUUGGUCGGUCCCAAUGGUGCAGGAAAGAGUACACUCCUGAAACUACUGUACGGAGAUUUGGUUCCGUCGAGUGGCAUGAUACGUAAAAACAGUCACCUUCGAAUAGCAAGAUAUCAUCAACAUUUGCAUGAAUUACUCGAUCUGGAUAUAUCGCCGCUUGACUACAUGAUGAAAGCUUUCCCAGACGUUAAAGAACGGGAGGAGAUGAGAAAAAUAAUUGGUCGUUAUGGACUAACCGGUCGCCAACAGGUGUGUCCGAUACGACAAUUGUCGGAUGGACAACGUUGUAGAGUGGUGUUUGCAUGGUUAGCCUGGCAAGUACCUCACUUACUACUUAUGGACGAACCUACGAAUCAUUUAGACAUGGAAACUAUUGAUGCAUUGGCCGAUGCGAUUAACGACUUCGACGGUGGCAUGGUGCUCGUAUCUCACGAUUUCAGGUUGAUCAAUCAGGUGGCAGAGGAGAUCUGGGUCUGUGAGAAUGGUGCUGUCACGAAGUGGGGCGGAAAUAUUCUGAACUACAAGGAACAUCUUAAAACGAAAGUCCUUAGCGACAACCAAAAGAGACAGAAAGAAUUGCACAGAAGCAAAUAAUGUACACAGUCUUGUAAUUCUGAUCUGCUCCGAUUCAUUCUCCAGUAUACUUUCCCUCUACUAUAAGAAACCUGCCCCCUUAUCCCCGAUAUCCCGUUUUUUUUGGACAUUACUUUAUGCCUAGCACUGACAUCUCGCUGCUGUGUAGCGUAAUCAGUGAUCGAGGAUUUCUUAGUUAAUUUAUUUAAACGAUAAAGCGAAUUAUUCUGUGACAACCUGCAAGAUUAAUCCAUGGUCUACUUUGCCAUGCUAAUAAUCUAGGGAUCCGAUAUCAAUAAUGUAUUGCGAGAAAUAUAAAAAUUGGAUAUAUAUAUAUACAUACAUAUAUAUAUAUAUAUAGAUUACUACAGAAUACUACAAAAAUAAAACACGAUUAAAAUAUUGCUGAAACACUA